AUGGCGAGCAUGGUUCCCGCGGAACUUCCCGAGCGUCGCCGUCGGGGCCCUGUAUCCCCGCUACUGAGGGCGCUUGCCAUCGCUGCCGUGGGUUGCGCCGCCUCAUCCUUAUUGAUUGCCGCCAACGCUGUGGCCAUACCAUGCCGAGAUCAAGAGUGUGGACCUGCGGUUACAGAGUCCGAUUCGACUCUUGUCGCGCGCCAGAUUGGACAGCACGUCCUCACAACGGGCGCACCCGGCGGCGUACAGUACCGGCUCGAGAUCAACGAUCUCAUCGAGGAUGACGCACAGUGGUCUUUGUUUGUGCAGGCACUCGCUGCGAUGCAAGCCGACGACCAGUCCGAUGUCGUGUCUUACUUCCAGAUUGCAGGCAUACAUGGCGCUCCGUACGUUCGCUGGGACGGAUCUGGCUCUACCAGUCCGCCUUCUGGAUCCUGGCCAGGAUACUGUCAGCAUGGCAAUGUAUUGUUCCCUUCGUGGCAUAGGCCCUACGUCGCCCUCUUCGAGCAAGAGAUUCAAGUGCGCGCAGUAGCUAUCUCGCGCACAUACACCGGUGAUCGCGCAGCUCAUUUCCAAGCUGCCGCACGCGCCCUAAGGCUGCCAUUCUGGGACUGGGCUAGCGAGAUUGUGCCGCCGCGUCAAGUUAUUGCGGACACACAGGUCACGUACACGGCGUCGGAUGGCUCGAGGAGACAAAUGGCGAAUCCGUUAUACCAGUAUAGGUUCCACCCAAUCGACAGGAACUUCGACAGCCCGUACAACACGUUCCCUAUCACAGUACGGCAUCCGACGGGUAGCGGUUCGGGCGUGCAGUCGGACGUCGAUGCCCUUCGCAGGCGCCUCUCCUCGCAGCAAAGCGACGUCCGCUCCAAGACUUAUGCGACCCUCACCCGUGUACACACCUGGGCUUCCUUCUCUAACCGCGCUGGCACCGGUUCAGGCCCUCCCUCGGAUGCUCCAGCGAACUCUAUCGAAGCUAUCCACGACGGCAUUCACAACGACGUCGGCGGGAGCGGCCAGAUGAGCAACCCUUCUGUCGCGGCGUUCGACCCGUUGUUCUUCUUGCAUCACGCCAAUGUUGAUAGGGUGAUCGCGCUCUGGGAGGCGCUUAAUGCCGGCGUUUGGGUUGUCCCUGGGAGUUCGGGCGGUGGGUCAUGGACAAUACCGCCCCGCACUGAAGUGGACACGAAUACCGACCUUACGCCCUUCCGUGCCUCCCAGUCGGCGUAUUGGCACUCGUCUCAAGUCACCCCCACCGAGCGCUUCGGCUACCGCUAUGCGGACUUCCGUGGACUGAACAUGAGCGACAGGGACGGCGUCCGUCAGGCCAUCGCGCGCCGAGUCAACCAGCUCUACGGUCCCAAUCGCAAUGCGCGACGUCAAUUGAACGAGGACGAAAUAAAAGACUCUGAUUUCAACGUCACGGCGCUACUUGACCCCAAUGCGCCUGCAUUUGGUCCUGAUGCACCCUCGUUCACCGACCCCACGGACCCUGCAGCGCCGGCGAACUCCACAAGCCCUGCACUUCCGGCUUCCGACAAUAGCACCACUUACGACUACACUGUUCGCCUUCAAGCCGCCCAGAACGCUCUUAACGGAUCGUACGAUAUCCUUGUCUUCCUCGGCCCUGUACCCGUUUCGGCAGAAGACUACCGUUUCUCGCCUUCUUACAUGGGCUCGCAUGGUAUAUGGACGAGCGCGUUCAUGAACGGGUCGAACGCGACGAGUCAGGGCUUCGUGCAUCUAGACGAUGCCAUCGAGAGGCAAGGACUAGGUGGCGCAGAACCGGAGGUUGUGAGCGCGUUUUUGGAGGAGAAUUUAGACUGGAGGAUUGUCAAGGUAACGGGAGAGGAUGUUCCCGUUGAGCAGGUCCCGUCCCUGAAGGUGCUUGCGAUCAGCACGCCUGUGCAGUCCGUGGCCGGUGAUGAGCUGCCGGAGUACGGGGAGCCUAAAGCUCUGCCAGAAGUCACCGCCGGAAAGCCAGGUGGGGAAACGUCAAAUACACUAUGA